AUAGUUAUUUAUUAAAUAAACUAUUUGUAUUUUGUAGUAUAUGACAUUUAUGAUACCUAUAUAGUACGAAAAUCAAACUUUUUCAAACCUAGCAGAAAAGAACAUUACAACGGUGAAGAAGUAAACGCCAUCAACAUUUUACCAUAUUAUUAGUCUUCAUGAUUCAAGCUCUCACCAAAGAUAAGAUAUUUCAAAUUGAAUUAGUUCUAUCACUUUCAAUUUUGUAAUUCAACAAAUUGUGUUAAGCUUCAUUGAGUGCACGCCAACUGUUUGAUGUUUUGCUUCUGUGAGCAUUGUUCACAAUUUGGUCUGCAAAAAUAAUUAUUACAGCUGCUUAUACUGAGAUCACAAUGUUGUCCGUGCUUGCAAGAGAGGCCGCUUCCAUACACAAUCAACGUUUCUUAGUGAAGUUGAGUGCAUUCAAUCUAUGCUACAACUCUCUCACCACUGUUCCCAAUGAGAAUGAUGGUGCUUCAGCGAGAACUCUAUCCGAGCCACCUUCUGACUAUAAUAAUUCUAGUAGCAACCUUCGUCUUUCGCCGUUUUUGUCCAACUUCAAUCACCCCUCGAGUGGAUUUGACAUCGAGCUUGUUGACCAUGAUGCUUGGGGGGUUUCGUCUGUGGUGGCACAAGCAUGGCGACAAGGGGAUUUGCCUGCACCAAAAGCUAGUUCUUGCGGUCAGCAUGUCAUUGAUGAACCCCUUGAUGCUCAUUCCACGGAUGUUGAUGAUGAACUUGAUUUUGAAGAGAUAGACAACAUGAGAGUUCGUGGGAGUUUGUUCUAUAAGCUAGAGCGUAGUUCCAUGGAGUUUGAAGAGUAUAAUCUAGAGUUUCACAAGAAGAAAUCAUCAUCCAAGAAGAAAAACAACAAGACUGAGUUAAUCACCAAAGCUAAAGAAGCUAAAGCUAAAACAAAGCCAAAUGUGGCUUCCAAGGAUCAGAAGCUUCCCAAAGUUAAUGAUUUUGGAAGAAACAGUAAUAGUGUUAUACCCCGGAUGGACAAUGUGACUUCCAAGGAUCAGAAGCUUCCUAAAGUUAAUGAAUUUGGAAGAAACAGUAAGAGCGUUAUGCCGCGGAUGGACGAAAUCAAUGACGUUUCUCCUGCGAACAAGAGACAGAGGGUUCCCACUUUUAACCAGCUUACAGGUCCUUAUCAUGAACCGUUUUGCUUGGACAUUUAUAUAUCAAAAGGCUCUGUACGUGCCUGCAUUGUUCAUAGGGUAACUAGCAAGGUGGUUGUUGUGGCACAUUCCAUUUCCAAGGAUCUGAAGUUUGAUCUAGCUUCAACCAAGAAUAAAACCACUUGUGCUGCCGUGGGGAAAAUUCUGGCUCAGAGAGCAUUGGCUGAUGAUAUUCAUGAUAUUAUUUACACUCCAAGGAAAGGAGAGAGGGUGGAGGGAAAACUUCAGAUUGUUCUUAAUUCCAUCAUUGAUAGUGGCAUUAAUGUGAAGUUAAAGAUUAAACAACGGAAUAAGAAGAAGUUUUUCAGCGCACAUUUUAACUAGCUAGGGCCUUUCUUGUUCAAUGGAAAUUGUAUACUGUAUUAGCCAUGGUUAUAUAAUGAUGUAUCUGAGGGAAUGAACUGUUUGCAUUAUUAAACAUGGAAUGAUAAAUGGAUUUUGUUAUUUAAGACUACUAGAAGGGUAAGAUUUUAAAGUACAUUUUGCAAUUGCCAACUUGUACCAUUUUAGAUUCCACCAUCGUAGAACGUGAAUAAGGUUUAGUAAUUGAUAAAUUUUGUAUGAGAUGAAUGAUCGUGUAUCCACAUCUAGUAAAUUAUGC